GCGCGGCGGCUUGAAGCUGGCGAGUGGUUCUGGAGUGUGGCGGGGGUUGUUUGGGCGGGUGUGUGGCCGCUUAUCGCAGCGGGAUACCCUCUGCGGGGAAGGCAUGGCGGCCCUGCCCUUACAGCAGCCCAGCUACCUGCUGGCUCUUCUAAAAGCAGAUGGUACGAAUAAGCCUCUAUUUCAGAGAUGUCAUGAAUUAUCCAAAGCGAUAGAAGAUUAUUCACCCAAGGAGCUCCAUUUGAUUUUCCCCUGGCUAAUGGAGAGUGUGUUUGGCAACCCAGAUGGAACUGUUCCUGGUUGGAACUUGCGAUAUUUGCAGGGUCGUUUGAAUCCAAGUGAAUACGCUGCUGUGGUUGAUUUUUUAGAUCCCAGUGGCCCAAUGAUGAAGUUAGUUUACAAACUUCAGGCUGAAGAUUUUAAGUAUGAAUUCCCACUCUCAUAUCUUCCUGGUCCUGUGAAAGCUUCAAUCCAAGAAGGUGUUUUACCUGAUUUUCCACUGUAUCAUAACAAGCUGCAGUUUCCUCUGUCAGGAAUGACCAACCUCAGUCUCUCACUCAAUCCCUUUGAAUACUAUUUCUUCAAUUUUGCUAUGCACCUCACCACACCGCGGAAUUGUUCAUCCGGUCAGCUCUUCAGCACCUCAGACAGUGCCUAUUUUGUCAUAGUGGACAGGUACCUGAAAUACUUUCUCCCUACAGAGGGGAAUGUGCCACCAUCACCAGUUCUGAAUGCAUGUGGAACAGUUUCUCCCCCAACACCAAGAACACCAAGUGUACCAUUCACGUCCUAUGGUGGGCCCCACACCAGCCUACUGAAACGUCACAUUUCACAUCAGCCUUCUGUGAAUACAGACCCAGCUGCUCAGGAAAUCUGGAGAUCUGAAACACUGCUUCAGAUUUUCAUUGAAAUGUGGCUUCACCAUUAUUCACUGGAAUUAUAUCAGAAAAUGCAGUCUCCCCAUGUCAAGUUGGAAGUGCUACAGUACCGCCUCGGUAUUUGCAGUACUCAGUACAACUCUGCAUCACCACUGCCUGGCCAUGGCACCUUCCACACUUACCAAGAACCCUUCACUCCAACAGAGGAGCAUGUGCUCAUGGUGAGGCUACUGGUCAAGCAUCUCCACUGUUUCUCCAAUAGCCUAAAACCAGAGCAAGCCUUGCCUUCACCUUCAACUCAUUCUCACACUGCGAGUCCACUGGAGGAAUUCAAGAGAGCUGUGAUUUCAUGCUUUCUUCAGCAGAAGUUGUAUGUGUUCCUGCAACAAUGUUUCAGUCACUGGCCUCUGGAUGCCUCCUUUAGAGCGGUUUUGGAAACGUGGUUGAGCUAUCUGCAGCCAUGGAGGUAUGCCGGAGAUAAACCAUUCAGCCUGAUUGAUUCUAUGGAUCGCAGCAUACCAGACAAAUGGGCACCCUUUGUGCAGGACAACCUGCUGAUGUUCACAAAACUCUUCCAAGGUUUUUUGAAUCGAGCAUUGCGCACUGACCUUGUCAGUCCCAAGAAUGCACUGAUGGUGUAUCGAGUGGCCAAAGUGUACAGUCAGCCCAACCUUGCUGAAAUGAUCAAGGAAGCUGAGCGCUUGUUCAUGGAGCCUGAUCCAAUGCAUCGCCCGAGGCAGCAUCGUGUAUAUACGUCUCCUGGCUUCAGCAGCACCUACAUGUCCUCAUGGCAUUCCCCAAUGGCGGAUACAGCCUUCAGAGUCAAGAGUCAUGUGUACAAUUUGGAGGGGCAGGACUGUGUGUACAAGCAGAUGUUUGGGUCCGAAGUCAGGAAUCUGGUUCUGAAACUGGCCCAUUUAAUAGCACAGGCCAAGCAGACAGCAAAAUCAAUCUCUGAUCAUACAGCUGAGCAAUCGACAGGCCAGUCGCUCAUGUCCUUAUUGGGCCUGACCACCUAUGAUUUCAACACCUCAACUUACGGAGGCAGUGACCUGGAUGACUUGGGACCUGAUGAGAUACGGAAAACUGAUGAGUACCUUGAAAGAUCACUGGAGUACUUGUGUUUAGUGUUCAAGUUCAGCACCCCACACCUGACAUCUCUGGCAAUGAAUGUGGGAGCAGCUACAGAUGAAAAUGGAAGGCACCAGAUGCCCGACUGUAUUCAGGGCGAGAAUGGGCUGACCUUGACCCAACUGGGCAGGUACCAGAUUAUAAAUGGACUCCGACGGUUUGAGAUAGAGUAUCAGGGAGACCCUGAGCUGCAACCAAUUCGCAGCUAUGAGAGUGGCCUGUUAGUACGUCUACUGUUCCAGAUAUCAUCUGCCAUCAACCAGCGGUUUGCUGGUGAAAUGGAGGCCCUGUGUCAGCGGGACAGUAUAAUGGGAAAACUGGCUCGUUAUUACCUGACCUACCCAGAGCUGAGUCGGAGGAUAAAGUCAGGUCCCGUGACAUGCCGCACCUUCCAACAGCAACGUCCACGGCUCAGCCUGCGUUUUCUGGCUAGUUAUCGCACGCUGUUCUCUCUCUUCAUUUGUAUGGUUAUUGGUGCCACACUCAACCUGAAUCCCUUAGCUUCUUUUCUCUUGAUCGUGACCUUCUGGUUUCUCUGUGGGAUUGUAUGGGCUCUCUGUACAGAUCAAACAAAACCUCACCAGGCAUGAAAAGUAAAGGAGUCAGCUGUUUCUAUUUUUUUUAUCAUCUUCAGAAAACGAUUUGUUUCAAUUGUAAAAAUUAAAACCAAUUUUUAAAUCAGAUACCAAUACCUAUGUUUUAAAAAUAUUUUUUUAAUUAUUUAGUGUUACUGUCUGAGCUGUUAACUAUAGAGUUAUUUUUACAGAUGACUAUGUACCUUUCUCUUGUUAUAUGAUGUCCCCUCAGUAUUGCCCAUGACGUGUGGUGGUGAGGUUUUGCCAGAAGAAACAUCAAUUGAGCCAAUGCCCUGGGUCUGGUUUGUUAGACUCUGCAGUCUGUACUGGGAUUUAAUUUGCAGCUCUGGGAGUGUGCUUUAGUUACAAGACUGGCUCAUUUCUCAUGUUUGUUGCUGCAACCAUUGGAGAAUGGAUUGUCUUGUACCCACUAGCACCAGCAUGGAACUGAGCUGAAGUGAGACCAAGUACCAUGAAAUGGUCAUCCAUCUGAAAGUUUAAAGCAGGCCCUAGGACUGAUCACUUCAAACUAAGGAAAUAUUGGCAAUGCAGGGAUUGCUGUUGUCAAAAAUUGAACUUGUUCCUGAGUGUGCAUUCUGCUGUAUGAUGUGAAAAUUACAAUUACAGAACUGAUAAUACCAAAAUAAACACAGAUAAUGGAAAUAUUGAA